UUUAUAAAAGUAUUUCCUGAAAAUAUUGCUGCAGAAUAUAUGGAAGAUUUUCAAAUAAUACCACAAGCCAAAAUAAGUCGAUUAUUUUUACCUUAUGAAUAUGGUUCUGUGAUGCAUUUUGGUACCCUUGAGGGUAGUAAAAAUAGAGGUUAUACAUUGAUGCCUAAAGAUCAUUUUUAUGAAAAUACUGUUGGACAACUGGAUUAUCCUACUUUUAAUGAUUUAAGAAUUUUAAAUUUUCAUUAUUGUGCUAAUAAAUGUAAAAUAAGUAUUAAAUGUUCAAAUCAUGGAUAUCAAGAUCCUAAUGAUUGUAGUAAGUGUAUAUGUAUUGAGGGAUAUAAAGGUUCACAUUGCGAUUAUUACACAAGAGCAAGUUUGUCAUGUAAAGAAAAAGAAUUAGAAGCUAAAGUAAAACCUUCAUUUUUCAAAAUAACUCAAAAUAAACUUUGUUAUUAUCAUUUAAGAUCAUACAAUCAUAAAAGAAUAAAAAUUGGAAUUUUAAAAAUAAAUAUGGGACCUAAGUAUUCUAAACCGUGCUCUUUAAGUAAUUCAUUUGAAGUAAAAUAUUUGAAAGACAAAUCUGUAGCAGGUGCAAGAUUUUGUCACCAGAAAUUUACAAGAAUUAUUUAUUCUGAAAGCUAUUAUGUUAUGUUAAUUUAUAAAAGUGAAAAUCCCAAAAGCUAUGUUUAUUUAUAUUAUAAAGAAAUACCUUAA